GUUAAUCCCUUAACCUAUUACCAUUGCCAAUGAUGGCUGACCUGGUUUUCUCCGAGGUAACCUAACCUCUUCUUAUUCUUCUCUAUCUAUGCUUCUCUCUCUAAUGCAAUUUUCUCUCUCUCCUACUCCCAGAUUCAACCCCUUUUCUUUUUCUUCUGAAUAACAUAGCCCAUAAACUCACCAAACCAAAACAACAUGAGCGUUCCUCCGCCGCCGGUGAUGUGGACGGCGACUCAGCCGCCGUUCACGAUGGCGCAGUGGCAGGAGCUGGAGCACCAAGCUCUCAUCUUCAAGUACCUCAAGGCUGGUUUGUCGGUUCCCCCAGACCUCCUCGUACCCAUUCGGAAAAGCCUACAAUUGAUGUCUCACCACCACCACCACCACCACCCAUCUUUGGGUUAUUAUGGGAAGAAGAUAGACCCAGAACCUGGUAGGUGCAGAAGAACCGAUGGGAAGAAGUGGAGGUGCUCAAGGGAUGCUCACCCUGACUCCAAGUAUUGUGACCGCCACAUGAUACGACGUCGUUACCGUUCAAGAAAGCCUGUGGAAUCUCAACCUCAACCUUCUCCUUCUUCUUCUUCAUCUUCUCCCCUUGAUGCCACAACUGGAAGCACAACUACUGCCUCUGCUUCUGCAACUGGAACCUUCCACACUCUCCCCUUGCACACCGAUGGUACUCGUGAAGGUUUCACUUUCACACUUGGGAAUACCACCAACACACUACCCCACCUUCACAUGAACACACUGCCUCUUUCCGGUGAGGGUAGCAAGAAAGCUUACAGGUUUGGACUGGACUCCGAAGCAGAUGAGCAAAACGCCUUACAGAAAGAUCUGGGAAGUGUGAGAUAUCAAGGUUAUGACUUUACCUCAGAUAGCAUGUGGUCUCAUUUGUCUCAGGUUCCGUCAAACACUGUUUCAGAAUCAAGGAGUGCUUCUACCAUGGUUGGCAACUGCUUCCAACAGCGAACAAUGCGAGAUGCUGAGCUGUUGAACCUCGACGCUGCAAGGUCCAAGGAGCUUGUCUUCAGUGGUCAGUUAAGUUCAGCAGGGGGUUUGAAACAGGAAUAUCAGUCUCCUCAGUCUCUCUUCAGUGACUGGCACUGGAAGAAGGAUUUAGGUUCAUCUGCCAUUGAGUAUAGGCCCAACAAGGAUUUUAACUGCAACCCAGAUGUCAAUGUUGAUUCCAAUGGUUCUUUAUAAUGCUUGCAAGGAGUGUUUUUGUUAUAUGAAAUGUCAGCAUCCACCCGAAGCAAGCAUUUAGAAUCACCUCAUGGUCCCCCACCCUUUGUUUCUCCUUCAGACUAUGAAAAUAUAAGUCCUCAGGCAGUGAUACAGUUUUCACCCAUAGCAUCCAGAUACCUGAGGGAAUCAUGGUUUAAUUUCUAAGCUUCAAAUGUGUUGUUCUCUUAUAUACUUAAGGAGUUAGCUUUCCUUACAAGGAAACCUGUAAUAUUUAACUGUGAUUUCGUUUUUCCUUUAUUGUACUGAAAUGAUAUUUAGUUUGACUCUUGUCUUCCUAUGAUUGGG